AGCGAUUGAGAGAACAGCGUUGCAGUCAUUAUCCCUACUGUGCCACUUUAGCGUGUGCAGAAGACCCUACUGUGGACAUCUUGCUGUUUGGUUUGUUUGGGACGAUCGCGUUUGCAUCUUCGGACUGUGUCCGCAUACCAUCGAGGCCCAAUCGCUUGUCGGAGCUUUUCCCAUCUCUUAUCUUGAGUUUGCAUCUGCUGGAAGAGACCUGCGCUGCUACUUGCCAUCCUUGAAAGCCAUGCUGGAAAGUGCAGGUGCAGCUUUGGCGGAUUCUAAAAUGAGUAAUCCGUCUGAAUCGAGUAAAUGUGCAAUGGAGAGUGGCGACGGAAACACAGGUGCCCAAACAAAUGGACUGGACUUUCAGAGACAGACAGUGCAGACAACAAACGCAAUCACCAACGCACACGCACAAGCUCUGCUCCAACAGUUGACUCUGACUCCGGCGCAACAGCAGUUAUUGCUGCAGCAGGCCCAGGCUCAGUUGCUGGCGGCGGCCGUGCAGCACUCAGCCAGCCAGCAGAGCAGCACCAGCGGGGCCAACAUCUCUGCCUCCGCAGCCACACCCAUCACCCAGAUCCCCCUGUCCCAACCCAUCCAGAUCACGCCUGGAUGGGAUAUGCAGCAGCUGCAGCAGCUUCAGCAGCAGAACCCCAACCUGCAGCAGUUUGUGCUGGUGCAGCCGGGGCUGCCAAUCGCCACCCAGCUGCAGCCGGCGCAGUUCAUCAUCUCCCAGACGCCGCAGGGCCAGCAAACUCCCUUCUUCUCCAAUCAUCAAUUAGGUCUCCUGCAGGCCUCCAACCUACUAACACAACUACCUCAAAGCCAAGCCAACCUCCUGCAGACCCAACCCAGCAUCACCCUCGCCACCCAGCCCGCGACCCCAACUCGCACGAUAGCAGCUACCCCCAUCCAGCCCCUGCCCCUCACCCAGAGUACACCAAAGCGCAUGGACACCCCCAGUCUGGAGGAGCCCAGUGACCUGGAGGAGCUUGAGCAGUUCGCCAAGACCUUCAAGCAGAGGAGAAUCAAACUGGGCUUCACUCAGGGGGACGUUGGCCUUGCCAUGGGAAAGCUUUAUGGCAAUGACUUUAGCCAAACCACCAUCUCUCGAUUUGAGGCCUUGAACCUGAGCUUUAAAAACAUGUGCAAGUUGAAGCCUCUGCUGGAGAAGUGGCUCAACGAUGCAGUGUGUGCAGAGAACCUGACGUCUGACCAGGCCCUGUCCAGCCCCAGCUCCCUGGGCUCCCCAGGCCUGGGCAUGGAGGGGCUGAACCGCCGGCGCAAGAAGAGGACCAGUAUCGAGACCAACAUCCGUGUGGCCUUAGAGAAGAGCUUUCUAGAGCAGAACCAAAAACCUACCUCUGAGGAGAUCACCAUGAUCGCCGACCAGCUCAACAUGGAGAAGGAGGUGAUCCGCGUAUGGUUCUGCAACCGCCGGCAGAAGGAGAAGAGGAUCAACCCCCCCAGCAGUGGCAGCAGCGGCACCACCCCCAUCAAAGCAAUCUUCUCCCCCUCCAAUCCCCUGGUGUCCAGCACGGCGAGCCUUGUGAGCAGUAACACACCGACCACACUGACUGUAAACCCAGCUUUGCCUCUCACCAGCACGAGUGUCUCUGGCCUCACCUUCACUGGUAAGAUGCCAUUCACCUUCGCUGGCACAACCAUCACUGCAGCCCCUACCAACACAGCCUCUGUCAUCUCUGCUACACCCACCCUGGUAACUACAGCAGCCGCUGCCAGCUCACCCUCACUAAGCCCGUCCCCAACCGGGGCAUCACUGCAGACGUCUGUCGGCGACUCGGGCGGCGGGCCCCAGGAGGGUUCUGGCGGGAGCGUGGUGUCCCAUGCCCCGACCCCGGCCUGCACGUUGGCGUCGGCUCUGAGCUCGGGCCAGGUGAUGGUGGCCGCGCCAGGGCUCUCGGCCGCUCUACAGGGGGCACAGCUCCCCACCAGCGCCAGCCUCGCCGCCAUGGCUGCCGCCGCAGGCCUCAACCCCGGCCUCAUGGCCUCCUCACAGUUCACCCCUGGGGGGGCCUUGUUGAGUCUGGCACCAGGAGGUUUGGGCAGCGCUCUGAGUCCUGCACUGAUGAGCAACAGCACCUUGGCCACUAUCCAAGGUGUGUGGAGCGCGUUGGCCUCUAGUGGAACUCUGCCCAUCACUUCUCUGGAUGGCAGUGGGAACCUGCUGUUUGCCAACGCCAGCGCGGGCAGCACGCCCAACCUGGUGACGGCGCCACUCUUCCUCAACCCGCAGAACCUGUCGCUGCUCGCCAGCAAUCCUGUCAGCCUGGUAUCUGCCGGCGGUGCCAACCUGCAGCUCACAGCCGAUGCCCACCAGAGCGUGGUUACCACAGCCGCUAUGCCCGCCUCCACCAUAAGCACCGCCUCCAAGGCACAGUAAAGCCGCGGGGAGUUGACGGAGCCCUUGUGCCCCGCACCUUCCUCCAUCAUCAUCAUCAUCAUCAUCAUCAUCAUCUCUCCUCUUGCUUCCUUCCUUAUCCUCUACUUCUCUUCUGCAUCCUGAGCUGUCUCGAGACUCAUGAUUUAAUCUCUGCUGCCAUCCAAAAAGGACACUAAAAAAGAAAGGAUUUUUAAGAAGUGUUCUCCUAGCAUUAACUCCAGAA